GGGUCUGGGCUUGUUCCUCGGGCCUGAGGAAAGGCAGUUUCUGUCCCAAUACCUAUUGAAAAGUUUUCGCUCAUUCCCUUAAUUCCCUCCGCCUGUCUUCUCCCUGGUCACAGCUUGCCGUCGGGCUGACCCCACCCCGCUCCAGCUCUGCCAGUCAGGAGACGACAGGAAUGUGCCAGCCUCAGGGCUCGGCGCGGCGCGGGCCUGGCGGGCGUUGCUUUCGUCCUCGCGGCAGCACGGCUGGCCCCGCCGCUGGCGAGGGUCCCGGGCUCCCGCGGGGCCGCGGGACGACAGCAAUCGCCUGGGCGGCCCGGGCUGCCGCCGUGUGCCGCCCGAGGGCAGGGGCCGCGGUGGCGGAGCGCUUUCCGCCGCCGUUUGUCUCCCGUCUCUUCCCGUUCGCAGGAGCAGCUGCUGCUGCGCAACCCCUUCCCCGCCCGCCCGCUCGCUCCAGUGCCGUCGCGUCCUCAUCGCAGCCUCGCACGGCGCGGCCCGGUCAACAUACAGAGCUGAAGAAUCACAAGUUCAAAUAAUGAACAACCGAGAGGCUGGUGUUCUGCAUUGCUGGAGAGCUUUCUAUAGGACAAGCAUCAGUUUUGGACACAUCUUCCCAAAUUACCUUGAAGGACAUUUGCAACUGAAAUAAACUAGAAAUGUUGGGCAUCUUCUGUAUUCAUGGCUCUUUAGACACUGAAGCUCAGUGGACAAUUGGAAAAUUGCACUGUCCCUUCUGUGACGCCUGCUUAGGGGGCUUUAACUUUGUUUGCAACAAAGAAUGUUCCUGUGGACAGUUAGUAAAUAUACAUUCCUGCAGAACUUGGACUGAGCAUCAGCCACCUUUCUCUGCUAAAUUGUCAAAAUCAUCAGAAAAUCAUUUGCUUCUCAAAAUUCAGUCUGGUUUUAACAAGGAUACCUGCCAUGAAGUGGUAACUGCAACUUUGGGAAUAAAAAAUCAAGGGCUUUCCUAUAUGGCUGGAAGUAAUAAAGGUGCUGGAAGAUUAACAGAAGCACUUUCUCUAGAAGUAAGAGCUCCCAGAUAUGAGAUAAAAAGUAAAAAACUUCCCUUAAAGGCAUUAAAUCGAAAAAGAAGUCUCCCUUCUUCCUAUCCUAAGAAAGAUGCAUGCACUGUAAAACCUUUUCACAGAAGAUCACAUAGCUUAGAUUUAAAUAUCAGAGAAAGACUUAUUUUUUCACCUGUGUUAUAUAAAAUUUGCAAUAUGGGAACACUUUACCCUGGCCAAAAUGAAAAUCCACCUGUUUACGCACAAGGGGGCUUGCAAUUAGAGUCCAAUAGGAAAGAUGGUAGUUCUUUUCAGGAUCUGUAUAGUUCCUGUGCUGACAUACUACAAAGCCAAUUGCAAGUUGCUUCCAUUACCACAUUACUACACAGAGAAACAGAAAGUGAGUGUGAUUUUGGAGUUACUGGACAAUCUUCUGGGAGUGUCACUGCUGAUGGGUUACCGUUUGUGAUGAACCUUUCCUUACCUACAAGGGCUGUAGAAGACAAACAAUACAUCACACCUAUUGGUCUUGUGCAGCCUAGGAGUAUUUCCUUCAACCGAAAGCUGAGUAAGAGAGAAAGAAACAAGUCAAAAAGCCUGAGGAGAAAACAGAGAAGGCAAGAGCAAUGUCUACAGAAGCAGCCUGCAAAUGAUAACCUGCAGACAGAUGAUGAACAUGGACUCAGAGGAGAUAAAGAAAGCUAUCUCUGUGCUGUGUGUCUGGAUGUUUAUUUCAAUCCUUACAUGUGCUAUCCAUGCCACCAUAUCUUUUGUGAACCUUGCUUAAGGAUGCUUGCCAAAGACAAUCCAACCAGCACCCCAUGUCCGCUGUGUCGCAGUACAAUUGCCAGAGUAUUUUUCCAAACAGAUCUGAAUAACUCUACCAGAUCUUUUUUCCCUAUGGAAUAUUUGAAUCUAAAGGAAAGCUUUCAAAACUCCAGUUCUGCUAAAUGGCCUCUACCAAGCUGCAAGAAAGCAUUCAGAGUUUUUGAAGCAGGUUUUCAAAGGCACUCAAAUACUGUAACAAGGAGGCAUUUCCCACAUGCUGCUCACAGGAUGGACUAUAUGGACUUCGAGGAUGAUAGCUGUGGAUGGUGGUUUGAUAUGGACAUGGUGAUAAUCUACAUUUAUUCAGUCAAUUGGAUUAUAGGAUUUAUUGUUUUCUGUUUUCUUUGUUAUUUCUUUUUCCCUCUUUAGGCUGUAGAAAUAACAGUUAAGGAAAAUGACAGCCGUGUGAACCACAGAAAUGUGAAUAGAAAAAUAUUUAAAAAGGUAAAAUGUUUGACACUGCAUUUUUAUCAUUCAGAAUUGUAAUAGACUGCAUCAAGCAUGCUGUGAAGCUAUUUGAUUCUUCUGCUAUAUGUGACAAAGUACUUGAGUUUGGUUACAAAUAUACUGUGAAAUCUGUAUCAUA